AUGUUUUUGAUGAAAAAACUCAGAUAUAUAUUUAAUUUAUUUAAAUAAAUAGAUUGUGGAUUUGUAUCUACAAAUAAAAUUAUCUUCAUUUAAAAUAAAGAAGGAAAUUUAAAUUGUAAAUAUAAAAUAUGUUAAGAAUAAAAUAUUAUAAAAUUUUAUUUUAAAUAAUAUAAAAUUGAUUUCGAAUUUAAAAUUUUGUACAUAAAGUAAUAAGAUAAGAUAUAAGAGAAGAAUAGAUUUAUUAAGUCGUUCUUUGAAGUAAAUAAAUCUUUUAGGAUUAUCUAUAAUGAAUGUGAUAUAGAAGAAUAUAUUUAGUAAAAAGCUUUUUCAUGUUAAUUUUCUAAAGAAUUUAUAUUUGCAUCAAAAUAGAAUAGAUUAGAAAAGAUGUAAAAUUUUUUAAUAACUCAUCCUUAUUUAGUAUUUUAAUAUGAUUAUUAUAAUAUGACUGCUCUUCAUUGGGCAUGUAAAUAUGGAUAUUUAGAUAUGGUAAGAAUGUUAUUAGAUUAUCAUACAGACUUUGAUGCAUUAAAUUUAAUGAAUAGGACUCCAUUUAGUAUAGCAAUAAUAAAAAAUCAUUAAGAGAUAGUUAAAUUAUUGCUUACUAAUGGUUCUUAUCCUUGGAGUACUAAUUUAACAGAUUUAAAUAGUCCUUUAUAAUUAAAUCAAGAGAUAAAGAAUAUUGUUGAGUAAGCAAGAAAAAUAUAAUAAAUGGAGCAGAAUAAAAUAGACUACUUUUUGUAUUUAUUGA